ACCUUUGUCAGUCUGUACAAGUAGCAGAUAUGUCAAGAUUUUUACAUCCUUGCCAUGGAAUCUUAUAAGUGGUGAUCUCAAGACCUUAAAAUUGAUUGCCUAACUUGAACUGGGUAGAAAAAUGGCAGUCGAGAACAAUCUUGAAUUGGCUAAAAGUUCCUGUGAUGAAGAUGAUGACACUUCAAUAAGAACAGGAACAAUAUGGAGUUGCAUUGCUCAUAUAAUCACAGCUGUUAUUGGAGCUGGUGUUCUGUCACUCGCAUGGAGCACUGCACAAUUGGGAUGGAUUGCAGGACCAGUGAGCUUGCUGUGUUUUGCAGUCGUCACUUACAUUUCUUCCUACCUCUUAUCUGAUUGUUACAGGUCUCCAGACCCUGUCACCGGAAAGCGAAAUUGCUCUUACAUAGAUGCUGUGAGGCUGAAUCUUGGUAGGAAACAUGCAUGGUUCUGUGGUUCGCUUCAAUAUUCCAGCUUUUAUGGGACUGGUAUUGCUUAUGUGAUUACCACUUCAAACAGUUUGAGAGCAAUUCAGAGAUCAAACUGUUACCACAAAGAAGGGCACCAGGUUCCAUGUGAAUAUGGGAAUACUCUUUAUAUGAUGAUAUUUGGAGUUGUUCAGAUUGUGAUGUCUCUGAUACCAGAUUUCCACAACAUGGCAUGGCUAUCUGUUGUUGCUGCACUCAUGUCCUUCUCCUACGCUUCCAUCGGAAUGGCAUUAGGGUUUGCAAAAGUAAUUGAAAAUGGGGAGAUCAAGGGAAGCAUUAGAGGAGUUCCAGCUGAAAAUUUAGCCCAGAAAUUAUGGUUGGCCUUUCAGGGACUUGGAGAUGUUGCUUUUGCAUAUCCAUAUUCAAUUAUUCUUCUAGAGAUACAGGAUACAUUGAAGUCACCCCCAGCUGAAAACCAGACCAUGAAGAAGGCCUCAAUGUCUGCAAUCUUUAUAACCACCUUCUUCUACCUCUGCUGUGGAUGCUUUGGAUAUGCAGCCUUCGGGAAUGAUACACCGGGGAACAUCAUCUCAGGAUUUGGAUUCUACGAGCCCUAUUGGAUCGUCGAUUUUGCCAAUGCUUGCGUUGUUCUACAUCUAAUUGGAGGAUAUCAGAUGUACAGUCAGCCAUUUUUUGCCUUCUUCGAAAAAUGGAUUUCUGAAAAGUUCCCGGACAGUGGAUUCGUGAACAAAUUCUACGCCUUGGAGCUCCCUUUGUUUCCAUCUUUCAAGUUGAAUCUGUUCAGGCUGUGUUUCAGAACAGCAUAUGUUAUAUCUACAUGUGGGAUUGCAAUUGUCUUCCCUUACUUCAAUGAAGUUUUGGGAGUGUUGGGGGCAUUGAAUUUUUGGCCCUUGGCCAUAUAUUUGCCAGUGGAAAUGUAUUUUGUGCAAAAGAAGAUUGGGGCUUGGACAAGAAAGUGGAUUGUUCUUCAGACUUUUAGCCUUGUUUGUUUGCUUGUCACAAUGGUGGCCUUGAUUGGAUCAGUUGAAGGUCUUAUAAGUGCCAAAUUAAGCUGAAAAUAUGUAGUUAAUUUGAUGUUGUUCAUGGCGGGAACUAUUAGAAUAUAUAACGCCUUAUGGUUUUAGGUACAAAUGAUCUUGAAGAUGUAGUCUGCAGAUGUGUAUAUUUAAGCCUGCACUGGUUCUUCACUUGGAAGGUGAAAAUAAUCUUCUGUAGACUUUAAUACAUAAUUAUUAGAUGUUGAGUUGGCAAGGUAAAUAAAAACCAUAUCAUAAAUUGGAAUGCAUUUAAUUAUAAUAAUCACCACUUUGCUUGAUGUUUUCCUUAAAUGUA